AAACCAGAGGGAGUUGGAACACAGAUGGCACACCGCGAUCCUUCUGAAUAAGCUGCAAGAUGCUGACCAUGCCUAAGAUGGAGUUCCCAAAGGUCUUCUCCAACCAGAGGACCUUCACAUCUGCCAUCCUCAACAUGCUAUCACUCAGCCUCUCCACAACAUCCUUGCUCAGCAACUUCUGGUUUGUGGGCACACAGAAGGUGCCCAAGCCCGUGUGCGGAAAAAGUCUGGCAGCCAAGUGCUUUGACAUGCCGAUGUCCUUGGUUGGGGGCCACACCAACACAUCAACCCAGGAAGUGGUGCAAUACAGCUGGGAGACCGGGGAGGACCGAUUCUCCUUCCACACCUUCCACAGUGGCAUGUGGCUAUCCUGUGAGGAAAUCCUGGAAGAACCAGGGAAGAAAUGCCGAAGCUUCAUUGAACUCACACCACCAGCCGAGAGAGGUGAGAAAGGACUCCUGGAAUUUGCCACGUUGCAAUGCCCACGUCACCCCGCUCUCCGACUUAGAGGGAAGCGGUUGAUGGAGAAGGUUUCUCUCCCCAACCUUCUUCUCUUGGGGCUCGUGGCAAAGAUCCUCUGGUUAUCACUGGGAGCCCAAAUCACCUACAUUGGACUUCAGUUCACCAGCUUCCUCCUGCUACUAACAGACUUGCUGUUCACGUCCAACCCUGGCUGUGGGCUCAAGCUGAGCGCCUUUGCUGCGAUUUCCUCCGUUCUAUCAGGCCUUCUGGGAAUGGUGGGCCACAUGAUGUAUUCACAAGUCUUCCAGGCAACUGUCAACUCGGGUCCAGAGGACUGGAGGCCACAUGCUUGGAAUUACGGCUGGGCCUUCUAUAUGGCCUGGGUUUCCUUCACCUGCUGCAUGGCGUCUGCUGUCACCACCUUCAACAUGUACACCAAGAUGGUACUGGAGUUCAAGUGUAGGCACAAUAAGAGCUUCAAAGAAAACCCCAAUUGCCUCCCACAUCAUCACCAGUGUUUCCUUCAGCAACUGCCAUCUGCUAUCCACCCAGGGGUACCUUUGACCAGCUGCCACCAGUACCAAAACCAGCCCAUCCGCUCUAUUUCUGAAGGAGUUGACUUCUACACAGAGCUACAAAACAAGGGGUUUCAGCAAGGGUGCAGCCAGGGGCAAAAAGAAGAUGUGGCUGAGUCAUCUGUGGAGGAAGAGCAACAUUAG